UUUCGGCACCACAGGAUCAUUUGUGCGAAUGUUAUCAUCUCGAAGCUCAGCAGUGAUUCCUUUAUCGAUUUGUUUUCGCUACGCUGAAUGAUGAAAGAAACAACGUGAUAGGCUAGCUGGAUAGGUUGCGCCGGCGCUGAUUCUCACCAGCAGUUGAUGGAAUGUGGCGUGAAAAAUACCAGCCUCCGACGAUGCUGUUGUUCCCUCAACGAGAGCAGCCAUGUUGAACAUCCCAUUCUAGUUUGAGCGUUCAAGAUGAACUGUCUUGCAAAAACGAAGAGCCAAUCAGACACGACAGAGACAACAGGCGGACAUCUUGAAAAUUCCAAAGACGUCAUCAUAGCUGUUACGCAACACCAUCGAACCCUGAAUUCAAAUGGAGGCCAGAAGCAAACAAGUACCAGCAGCCGAAAGGAAUCUUCCCGCGGGACAAAGACGAUCGUGAAUUUGGAAUCGGAGGAAAUGUCUCCGUUGAAAAACUAUUUAAACACCUUGUACGGCAUUGCUGAUUGCGACGCCAGCGCUAAACUUGUGCGCAUUAUUGAACCUAACGAAGAAGAAUACUUUGACAGUCUGGCGAAGGAAGCCUCGCAGAGUAAGAGCGAAAUUGAAUGCUGGCAUGUUCACCGUCAGUGCUUUGCCUGGUCCUUCGGCAUCGGAUCGUUGAUUGUUUUACUAGGCGUGACAUGUCUCGCGUUGGGUUUUCUACUUCCUCGUCAUUCAGCGCUUGUUAAUCACGUGGAACCCGAUUUUAAAAAAGAGACCUUGGCUCACUUUAACAAAGGCGAAGAGAACAUCGUCGAUCGCAAGGCUGUCGAGCACAACAACGUGCUGGACACGAUGAAAGUAAGUGGUGGGAUGGCCGUUUGUUUUGGUUCCUUGUUGCUCCUGAUGGCUUUCAUUUUACCUCCUGGAAACCACCCGUUGAAAUGGACCGACGAGGAAGAUCAUCCAAACAUUCACCAGCUCAACGAGGCUCUCAGAAAUUGUGGAUUCUAAUUGUUUUCGUCUAACUCUAUACAUUUCUAUACUGUGUGUGUUUCUAGUCAACAUCACCUUAAAUUUUGUACUUUUUUAUUGUACCUGACGUCGGCCACGUCUCGAGAAAACUCGUAAGCCGCUGAAAUGGAGUUUCAAACUUGUUUUUCCUUUGUUCCAAGCUGUCUAGCUUCAGAAGCAGUCUCAUUGCAUUUCUAUUCGUAGGCUUCAACUUUAAAAUUAUGCUCUACAUUACACUUUAUUAGACAUUUUUCUAUUGUCACACUCAUCCCGAAACGAAUAACAAUUGUGUGCCGCAUUUAUUCUUGCUGUGAAAUAUAGCCUACACGUUAUUA